AUGUUAAUGGCCCCUGGAGGAAUUGCAACACCCCUUGUUUAUGGCCAACUUCUAGCUUUAUACCUGUUGCAUAAUGACAUGAAUAACGCGCGAUAUCUUUGGAAAAGAAUCCCUCCUGCUAUCAAAUCUGCAAAUGCUGAGCUUGGUGCAGUUUGGUCAGUAGGCCAAAGAAUCUGGCAGAGAGACUUUCCAGGAAUCUAUACAACAAUCAGUGCGCAUCAGUGGUCUGAGACUAUUCAACCAAUCAUGGAAGCGCUUAGAGAUGCAACUAGGAGACGAGCCUUUGGACUGGUUUCUCAGGCAUAUACCUCAAUAGUUGCAGAUGAUUUUGCAGCCUUUGUUGGGCUUCCUGUAGAAGAAGCUGUGAAAGGUGUAUUAGAACAGGGCUGGCAAGCAGACUUUUCAACUCGUAUGGUAAUGCCUAAAAAGCCAGGUGUGCUGGAAGCUUCCUUUAACAGAUUUAUUCCUUCAUCAGAACCUGCUCCAGUUCCACCAAUUCCAAAUGAACAGCAGUUGGCCAGAUUGACUGACUAUGUGGCUUUCCUUGAAAAUUGAUUACCUUGCUCCUGUAUUCAGAACAACUUGGGAAUCCUGUGUACUGACAGUUCUAGAAAUCUAAGAUUUAUUUCAUAUCUGUUAAAUGUUGCAGCAUCCCCUACUCAAAUGUGUGAAGUAUACAAUGUAUGUUAUCCCAAUUUGUGUUUUGCCAAAGCCAAGCUAGCAAUUGAAACAAUCUUUUAACUCCUGUAAUAUUUAUUCAGUAGGUACACAGCAGUAUUACAUAGUAAGUUUUUUUUACUGACUUGUAGCUGAGAGGGGCAGAACUUUUUUCAGGUAUAUUAGAAAUGGAGAAGAAAAAUUGAGUAAUGAAGCAGGUUAACUGUGAGGAAUUUAUGCUAGUAGGUUAUGUGCUUCUAUGCUGAGUAUUGCAGUGCUUAUCACAGAUCAAUUGCAUGUUGAACUAAAUUACAAAGAGUGGAAGACUGCCCUACCCAUAUCUGCAGAGAGAAAAUAUUUUGAUGAAACAGUAACUUAAAUAAGAAAACGAUUUACAGUAACUCUUUUGCAAGUAUAUUUGUGGCAUAUUUAUAAUUGAUCUUUUUUCUUGUUGGUCUUUCUGGAUAGUUAAAUCUUCUUGUUUUGAUGUGAAAAACUUCACAUUGGGAACAUUUUCACAGCAGAACAAUUGGAGUCAUUUAAGAAAGGCAAAUCUUCACUUUGAGGAAGAAUUUUUACUUUUGGAAGGUUUUGAGUGACGUAGGACACCAGAUACUUUGCUGGGUAACAGUACACCUUCUUGAGGCCUGUCAUGUCCUGGUUCUUUUCAGUACACUGGGCCAGGAUCUACAAGAAACAACUACUCUUACCUGUCUUUAAGCUUUCUGGAUUACCUCUGCAGUUAUUGGAGAGGAAUUUAAAAAUUAGAGUAGGUGUCCCUGAGUAGAGACCAGUUAGGAUGGGGAUGAUAUUUUAUGCUGCAAUGCCAGUUUGAGGAAUAUAUUUUCUAUACCAGAGCACUGCUGUGUUAACCUUUGAGUUGAGAGUGGAUUUUAGAAGCAGAAAGAUGACUUGUAUUCCCAGGCUUCUUAUUUGUGUAAUGCUGGUAAAAAGGCUAUGGGAAAAUAGUGGUGCUUUAAAGGGCAGUGCAUGCCUUCAUUUGCGUCUCCCCUCUUUUCAACAUCAUAUUCAGUGGUUUCAUCGCAGAUGGCAGGUGUGCCGUAUGUUGUGAUUGUUUUUUCCAGUGUGCACUACCUACUGUACAUUCUCUUGUUGGGGGUGUGUUAGCAGGGAGGAAUUAUAAACUGUGCACUGCUGCUUUGAGAGCUCCCUUUAUAUGUAAACACUUACUCAAAAUGAUUAUUUAUUUGAAACCCACCUAAGACUUGGAUUCCUGAAUUUAUCUUCAGUGAUAUUAAAGAACAUGUUUACACUGA